AUGACGGGACUUGUCAUGGUUACCAGAGGCGGUGGAUGCGGCGGAGGAAGUAAGAGAACACGAGCAGCACGAGCGGCUGAAGAAGAAGAACAGCAGAACCAGCUUUCACUUGUGGCGUUGCUGUUAGCUGCGAUUAGGAAAUCUAUGGUGGCAUGCAGAGUAGAGAGGCCUGAUGAAGUGAUAUCCACCGUUCAUCAAAUGGAGAUCGGAUGGCCGACGGAUGUUCAGCAUAUUACGCAUGUUACGUUUGAUCGGUUUAAUGGAUUUCUUGGGCUUCCUGUUGAGUUUGAAGUUGAGAUCCCGGGUCGUGUUCCCAGUGCUAGUGUAAGUGUGUUUGGAGUCUCAGCUGAAUCUAUGCAGUGUUCUUAUGAUUCAAAAGGAAACAGUGUCCCCACUAUUCUCAUGUUAAUGCAGGAUCGUUUAUAUUCACAGGGAGGAUUGAAGGCUGAAGGUAUAUUUCGCAUAAACCCAGAAAAUAGUAAAGAGGAGCAUGUGAGAAACCAAUUGAAUAGUGGUAUUGUGCCUGAUGACAUUGAUGUCCACUGCUUGGCGGGACUGAUCAAAGCCUGGUUCCGAGAGCUUCCUUCCGGAGUGCUAGAUGGUCUUUCCCCUGAACAAGUUCUUCAAUGCAACACAGAAGAAGAAUCUUUUGAGCUUGUGAAGCAGCUUAAACCAACCGAGUCAGCCUUACUCAGCUGGGCUAUUGAUCUCAUGGCUGAUGUUGUCCAAGAGGAGGAAUAUAACAAAAUGAAUGCAAGAAACAUUGCAAUGGUUUUUGCUCCAAACAUGACUCAGAUGUCUGAUCCUCUAACUGCGCUAAUGCACGCGGUUCAAGUGAUGAACUUGCUAAAGACGUUGAUAAUGAAGACCCUUAGGGAGCGUGAAGACACAGCCACAGGUGGAUAUUCACCCAUGUCCUUUCGCACAUCAUUUCGCCGGUCAGAGGAUGAAUACGACAGUCAGCGAGAAACAGCAACGUGUGGAUAUUCACCCAUGUCCUUUCGCUCAUCGUAUCGUCCAUCUGAGGAUGAAUAUGACAGUCAACUAGAAAUAGAAGCAAGUGGUGAAUUGAAAGGGACCAAAUCAGAUUUCAACGAUCACACUCAUUACAGAAAUAGCAGCGAAGAGGAACUGGAAGCUGAAUCUCUGAGCGAGAUAGAAGAAUGCUUCUUAAAACAGUUGGAUGAGAACGCGAAUACCAAAGAAUUCUCAGAAGAAUCUGCAGAAUAUUUGCAAGAGUGUGUGAGCUCCAAAAGUUGCUGCGACUAUAGUGCAGAACCAUCUUUAUCAAUAACUGAUAGCAAAACUGUUCCUUUGUGCUUGAGUUCUGACAAAGAAAAGAUAAAUGCUGAUGUAAUGAUUCCGUUACUAGGGUGGACAGACACAGAUGACGUGGAGAUGGUUGAUAAAUUCACAGAUUCGGUUUCGCCAGUGCCGCUGCUUGCAUCUAGCUAA